UUUCCUGGGCUACAAAUUCCAUUACAAAGGAUUAAAGAAGGGAUAGGGUAGUUGAGCUUGAGCUUGAGCAGGUAAUCCCUGGAAUUGGAUUGAUCCAAAAGAGCAGAGAAAUUGGAAAUUGCCCCUUUCACUCGUCUCGACUGAACACAAAAAUAAUGAAACGUCAUUGCGAUGCUCUCUUUCUUUGUCUUUGUCUUUAUUGCUAUGCUAAAACCUUACUAAAAUAAAACUUCGUUUUCCAUUUUUGGCUCACAUUCUCCGCCAGAUUUCUUAUCAGGAGGGCCUUGGGUAUACAAUGUAUACGGGAGCUUCAAAGAAGAGAAAGUUGCCUGUAAGAAACUCUGAUGUUCAUUUACGCAAUACAAGAAGCAAGACAGUGAAAAAUUUUCACCAGAAUAACUGUGGAGCUGUAGAAACUGGUGUUUCUUCGGAAGAAAAAGAUUUUACUUCUUCACUAAAAGCAACUAAUCAACCUCCUCGUUGUUUUGAGUUUUAUGUCAGGUCAGAUGAGGGAAUUAAUCUUUUUAUUGAUUUAAAUUCAUCCCCAUCAGAUUGGACUAACAGGUAUAGAAAUGAGGUAUGCGUGAGUGAGAAAGUGUGUAGGAAGAAAGAAUUUAGGAGUCUUUGGCAGGAUCUCAGUAGCUUAGGAGGGAGUUCUACACAAGGAAAAAGUUCCUUUAUAUGGAAUACAAAUUCUGGCCACUUUGAUGAUUGUAAUGGACAGACCAAAUAUGCCCCAAGCUUGAAAUUGGUAAAAGAAGAUGUUACAGGGCUUGAUCAACAGAAUAUAGGUUGCUGUCCUUCAAUAUAUGAUUCAUUAACUCCAUGCAUAAAUGUGGAAAAAAAUGUAAAUGAAAAUCAAUCCACUGUCUCAACGGAUGUUAGUUAUGGUGCACCAAACAGUUAUAUUUCUGGUGCCGAAUAUUGCACUAAAGAUGUAUCUAAGCAAACCCUUGAUUCAAUUGCUACUGAUACUGCAUUCAUUAAGUCAAUAUGUGGUUCUGUUUGCAAUUCACAGUCAGGUCUCAACUCACUAGGGCAUGAAAGUUCAAAGCCUGAUAAUGAAAUUUCUGAAGAUUGUGCUAUGCUAAAUGGUUUUUGCCCUGUGAACCCUGGUAUGAUAUGCCCAGGAGCUUUGUUAAGUGGUUCUUUGGAGCUACAAGUUUCAGAAGUUUUAAGUGAUCCUAAGAAUUCUUUAGACGUGGAACAGGGUGGACUAAUAAAAUCAAGCGAGAUAAAGUUGGAUACCAAUGGGAAGAAUCUCCCAUCACCAACUGAAGAAUGGAUGUUCCCAAUUUGAUGAUCCACUUAAGAAGUCUGGCCUAGAGUGUGGUGAUCAGGAGUGUAAAAUGAAACUUUGCAAAAAGAGGAAACACAUAUCCCGAAGUCCAAUGUUUCAGUGAUAAACCUGUUGGAAUGUUCUUAAGAAGCAUGAAGAAAGCUUUGACAGUCCAACCUAGAAGAUCCAUGAGGCUAAUCUCCAAGGCGCUUUAACAGUUACUGCAUCAAAUACAACGAGUAACCAAACCUAACAGUAAACCUAUUAAUUCAAUUCUUUUGCAGCAUUCAAUUUCUUUAAUAAUAUGAUUCAUAUGUUGGUAAAGUAAUUACAUGAUAUUUUAAACAUCUUAGAAAUUGUUCUGUGCAUUUUACAUUUGCUAAUUACCGAACUUCAUUAUUUCCCAAUUGAAGCCACAGGAAUGCAGGAUUGGCCUGUUAUAAUAUAAAUUAGAAACUCUUAGCCAUAUCGUCAUAUCGAUACACAUUCCAACCUUACCCAUUUUGUCUUUUACAUAAAAGCCAACUUGUUCAAUUUUACCCUUGCAUACCUGGUUACAUACUGUGCAUAGUUAUGCCUAGCUUGUGGAAGACUUUCUUCAUACUUUUUUUUAGGUGCUAUUAACUUAUUUGUUAAAAAUAUAUUACUUUGAUCGUGAAGUUCUUUUCUACUCAUUUGAUGCUACCACCUCUUUCUUUUGUUCUUGUUCAGUGAUUUCACGAGGUGCUUCGUAUGCUUUAUCUGAAAGCAUUAGUUCCAGAAUUCUCAAUGAAUCAAAAGGAUGACAGUUAGUACGUAUGAACUACAACUAACACUUCAGCUUGUUUUGAGAACCAUAAGGAUUAGUGAGACAGGCCUUGAAAGGUUACAUGAAAGAUUGGAGAUAACCCUAUCCUUGUCUCCUAUUCUAAUCUUUUUGUAAAUCAACAACUUACAUUCCCGUCCAAGAAUUUUGUAUUUUGCUGCUGCUGCUGCUGCUGCUAGCUUUGUUUUGCAACUUAGUUUUCUGCGCCUGGAGUAUAUUCUGAGGCAGUCCAACCCCAAAUGUUCAAUAUCAUUAAUUGAAAUUUAAGAUGAUUCUGUUAAUCAUGUUAACUGGCUGCAGGUUGCCUUAUUGUUUUGCAAGAAAUAUACUCACAGAAUAAUAAAAAUGCAAGGUAGCCUUUCAGGUAGAUUUUAUUUAGAGUUAUAAAGUCAACCAUGAAGUUCAUAGUAUUUAGAAAUGAUAGAAAUUAUUGUUUCUUUUUUAAGGUGUACUGGGCUUUGAGACACUCUGAUUGUAUAUUUACGUUGAUCUGAUCAUAUAUCGUAGAAUUUACUUAGACUGAA